AUGGUUCAGUCCGUAUUUGUGGUGACUUCAAAGGUACUAUUAACCCAACACUACAAGCAGAACAGUAUCCUCUGCGUCGAAUCGAAGAUAUCUUUGCCCAUUUAGCUGCAUGGUGGGAAAAAGUUUUCCAAGAUCGACCUCCGCCAAGCUUACCAUCAGAUUGAGCUGGAGGAAGAAUCCAAGAAGUACCUUACAAUUAAUACGUCCAUGGGCUUGUUUCAAUACAAUCGAUUGGUGUUUGGUAUUAUCUCGGCUCCCGCCAAUUGGCAGCGUACCAUGGAUCAGACUCUGGAAGGAACUUCUGGUAUUAGUUGUAUCCUAGAUGAUAUGAUUGUGACGGGUAAAAGCGACGCAGAGCAUAUGGCUAACCUGGAGAAGGUCCUUCGACGGCUGCACCACCAUGGGUUAAGAGCCAAUAAAUCGAAGUGUGAGUUAUUCAAAGAAAAGAUCACGUUCUGUGGCCACGACAUUAAUAGCGAAGGCCUGCACAAGACCACCGACAAGACAGCUGCAAUGGUGAAUGCCCCUCGCCCCCAGAGUGUUGCAGAGGUACGCUCCUUCCUGGGAUUGGUGAAUAAUUACCACAAAUACCUGCCAAACCUUGCUACAAUCCUGCAUCCAUUGAACCAAAUGCUGGAAAGUAACUACCAAUGGAACUGGACAGAUCAAUGCGAGGAAGCCUUUUGCAAAGUUAAUUUAAAGCAAUGGUUGUUUCAGAUCUGGUGCUUACACAUUAUGAUCCUAACCUUCCCUUACAACUGGCUUGUGCUGCUUCACCUGUAGGAAUUGGAGCGGUACUGUCCCAUGUCAUGGCAGACGGCACAGGGCUACAGAUAGCGUUUGCAUCGAGAUCCCUGUCGAAGGCGGAGCGCAACUACGCACCGAUAGAUAAAGAAGCGCUGGGUACAGUGUGAGGAGUCAAGAAAUUCCACAAUUACCUUUUCGGUAGGAACUUUACCUUACUGACUGAUCAUGAGCCUCUCACUUCAAUCUUUCAUCCCAGCAAAAGCCUUCCUGUUGUCACUGCUGCUAGAUUACAACGCUACGCUUUGUUCCUGGCGGGUUUUGACUAUACAAUUAGAUACAAGAACACUAAGUUACACGGGAAUGCGGAUGGUUUGUCUCGAAGAAGAGCCAGAUCCAGUGGGCCUCUUCUAUGCUACGCAGUUUGAGCGUUUGCCAGUCACAGCAGAACAGGUCAAACGAGAAACACAGAGAGAUCCUCUAUUGGUGAAGGUCCAUGAGUUGGUUAUGAAAGGAUGGUCCACUCCACAAGAUGAAGCGAUGCUUGGACACAGAGCAGUCAUUCCUGCAAAGUUGAACACGUAAUCAAGUGUUAACCGAGCUUCACGAAGGUCAUCUCGGUAUUGUUAAAAUGAAGUCUCUGGCGCGAAGUUACAUCUGGUGGCCCAAAAUUGAUAAGGACAUCGAGCACCUAGCCAAGAGCUGCCCUGGUGGCUACGUACCAGGCAUAACGCGCUCAAACGGGACCCCUUUCGUACGAGAUAAAAGUUGGUCCAAAUCGAAUUUGGCGACGUCACAUCGACCAGCUUCGAGCCUCGAGUGUGAAUGACCAGAGUGAUGAUACGGCUGAACCUCAUCCAGAGCUCAGAGAGACUGGCCAGAAUAUUGCAGAGCCGGAUAUCGAACUAGCCACGAAUCCACCAGUAGUGCAACAACAAGAAGCCGGUAGGGCUACAACAGGAUCUGAACAACGCUACCCAACUAGAUCACACCAACCACCCAAGAGGUGGGGUCUUAACUGUUUGAUCCGAAAGCUGUUUAAGAAAACUACAUAGAGAACUGCUUUAUUACUUACUGUUAUGGUUAGCAUAAUUGUUCGAACACGAUAGUGAACUCAUGAACAAUAUUUUAUGAUACAUUCCUUAAGAGGAGAAAUGGUGUUAGAUAUAUAGAUAUAGACGGACAGCGGUGAUACGCACAGGCAUGCGCAUUAGAUAUGUAGAUCGGCCAUGCUUAUGUAUUAUUCAUAUUUUGUUAAAAGUAUAAUCUAAAUACACGACAACUGAUACUACCAAUCUUUCGAAGAGGCUUGACGCUUAUUUUUCCAAAUUUGGCCAAAUCAAAGAGAUAUCUCAGCACUUCAAGCGAAAUUAGAAUUCCGAGGUCGGCUGUGGCCGAGAUCCAGUUUUUGACCUUUUCAACGUAUUCACACCAAAAUGAGAAGGCGAACAUUUCUGUUUUCACACAUACGAUAAUCAGGAAACCACCACACGAAGAUAAAUGGUAAUUGUUUAUUUCAGAUUUUACAAUAUUUAUAUAUUUUAACCGUUGAAAAUAUUACCGGUAUCUUAGCCUUGAGGGUAUCCGUGCUAGCAGUACACAUAGUAUUCUAUUACAACCAUCACAAUCAUGCUCAGUCUAAUUAAGGAUUGGGGAUAAUGGUGAUCCACGCCACCUGAACUUGUCUUUCCCACAAACCCAGCGGGAUUGCUUCCCUAACACCCAAUAACCUCAAAAACACCCCAAUCUCACCCCAAACUCCCACUUUACAUGGGUAAAUCAAUCAGGACAAAUCAGACUACUGUCGUGUCCAUAUAGCAGCAGUAGAAAAAGCGCAAACAAAUCGUUUAAGUUUGUGAAUAUCGUUCCAUGGUUCUGUGACAUCGGCAACACGAGAAGACGAAAGACGUGCAUAAUAGUGGCGUGGCGACUUUGGUUCCACAGUGAGAGGAUAAACAAUGAUCGAACAACGGCUGACAGAGAAACUCCACAAAAGGUUUACAAGAUUGAUGGUUGCGGAAAUAUCUCCGGGGCGGGCGAUCCGAAUCAUAGGACUGAUUCUGACAAGAACCUUUAUAAUGAUGAGCAAAUUCAAAAACCGGUAUGUGCAUGCUCUCGUACCCAACGCACAACGUCUAUCGAUUGA